AAAAAAAAAAAAGGAGUUAAGAUGAAAACAGAAGAAACCAACACCAACAGCAUAUUCCAUAUAAUCUAACCCGCGCAGGGAAAACCGCCCCCCAUAAAAAGCCGAUUUUGGCGAACGUCACGCCCCUAACUUCCACUUCCUCUCCACUUCCCCAAACCAACCGUCGCCUCCUCGUUUGGGAAACCAAAAAGAUUGCCCAACUUUGGCAAUGGAAGAAAGUGCAGACCCUGAGAACCAGCUGAUGAUUGAAGGAAAUGUUCCAAAAACUAUGCAAAUUGAUCCAAGAAGAGCUAGGUUCCCAUACUGCAUUGUGUGGACACCCCUUCCUAUUAUUUCAUGGCUGAUUCCUUUCAUUGGUCACAUUGGCAUAUGCAGAGAGGAUGGAGUGAUCUUGGACUUUGCAGGGCCCAAUUUUGUGUGUGUGGACAAUUUUGCAUUUGGAUCAGUAACCCGCUACCUUCAAAUUAGCAAAGAAAAGUGUUGCAUUUCUCCCUAUCCUUCAGUAUACAAUAGUGAGGAUGGAUACAUUCCGGAUGAACCUGGACGAGAAGUAUCAACAUGGGAUGAUGCACUACGAAAGAGCACUCAGGAAUUCCAGCACCGAUCUUACAACCUCUUAACUUGCAAUUGCCACUCUUUUGUAGCAAACAACCUAAACAGGUUGGGCCUUCAUUCGGGCGGGUGGAAUGUGGUGAACCUUGCUGCUCUCAUAUUCCUCAAGGGUCGUUGGGUGAGCACAGGAUCCAUGGUGCGAUCUGUCUUGCCAUUCUUUAUAACAUUUGCUCUUGGACUCGCAUUCGGGGGUUUGACAUUCCUAACUUACUGGGCCUUUUUCACCUGCUUUCUUGUUGGUUGGUUUCUUCUGGGUACUUACUGUUUUAAAGAUUUGAUCCAGUUGUAGAAUUUCUGUUGCUUGAAUACUUGGAUGUAUAAAACUGCAGUUCAACAAUGGUAUUUUGAUUCAGAUACUUACAUAUUCGGAAUUACUAGGGAAUAUUUUCAGAUAGCA